AUGAAUUUUUACCUUUUGAAUUUCUUCAAAUUCGUAAAACUAGAAUUCAAAGGGUUGUCAAACUACAAUGAACCUGAAGGUGAUAAUAAGAACCCUGAUAGUCCAAAUUCUAAGGAUGCUGGCAAUAAUAUCCAAAAAUUCUGUACCCAUGAGAUUCAUAACACGGAAUUAAACGGAAGCAAGGACUUUGAGAAGAAGAAGUUAGAAGAAUCCUUAAAUUCAAACACAUCUUGUAAAAAAUGUCAAAAUAAAAUAGAAUCGAAUGACAAAAAACAGUGUAAACAUCAUAAAGAGACAUUGAAUUCGGCUACUAGUUCAAAUAAUACAGAUAAAUCAGGUUAUUUAUUUGUUCUGGAUUCGAUACCUAAGAAUCUUUUGAUACAUAUGGCAAGAUUACCUAAAUUUUUCGAAAGACUGAUAUUCCAUUCGGUCGGCAUCUGUCUUGAUUCGGUGUUGUUUGAACUGACUUUGAUGCCAAUUCAGGCGGUCACAACCGUGUCAUAUCUUAUUACAAAGUUCAUAUUAUACGUACUCAAGGAACUAAAGUAUACGUUUCGUAACGAUUUCCUGAGCCUCUUUACUAGUAACAAAGAUAGGGAAGUUAAUAGCGGUAGAAGUGAUAAAUCAAACGACAGCUCUGAAGAAGCGAGAAGUAUAACAUUGUCAGAAGUUUGUGGUUGUGUGAGGUUUUUUGUGCUGUUGGCCUCAGUUUAUAUCUUUUCUUUCAUAGAUACAUCAAAGGUUUAUCAUAAUAUAAAGGCGCAACCAAUAAUGAAACUGUACGUGCUGUUUAACAUGCUGGAAAUUUGUGAAAGACUCUGCAGAUCGUUCAGCAGAGAUAUAAUGGAUAGCCUAGUCAAAACAACAAUUAACAUUUUCAUUAUUCAGUUCACCAACAAUAAUGGAACAAGUACGCAGAUGAGAUUACCAAGAUCAGAUUCUCAACAAUUUUGUAAUAACGGAAAAAAUUUAUUGAAUUUAUUUACGAGCAACACACAGAAUCAGAUAAAUAAAAGUAUAAAAAGGAGUUUGUCAAGAGAGAAUAAAGGAUCAGUACAUACAAUUAAAACAGAAUCGGUAUUGAAUGGUUGUAGAAACUACGUGGAUGGGUUCAAUGUAUAUUAUAAAUUUGUAUUUCUGUACUGUUUUGUAGUUCUAACAAUAACGUUCCACGCCUUUAUACACCUGGUCAGGGUAUUGAUUCUCAACAUAGGAAUCAAUUCGCCAGAAUAUACCAUGUUCCUGGUUCUAAUAACAAACAACUUCGCCGAAAUCAAGUCCUCAGUGUUCAAGAAACAUACCCACCUGUCACUAUUUAUAAUAUUCGCAUCAGACGCAGUUGAAAGGUGUCAUCUGGUUUUAGACGGAUUACUUGUUUUCUUCAAAAUGUCUACAUCUAGAAGGAAUUUGAAGUCGUAUAUUUCAGUUUUCACGUGGCUCUUUUUAGUGUAUGGAAUUGAAGUGAUGAUUGACCUCGUGAAGCAUUCAUACAUUAUUAAAUUCAACAAACUGCUCUCGGAAACGUUCGAAACGUACGAUUCUGUUUUAAUCGCAGAUACGCUCCUAUCAAGGUCACUGUAUAACCUGAGGAAGCUUACCUUUUGUAAACUAAAAGUACCGUGCAAGUGUUCAUUCUCAUUCUCGCACAUAUCAUCAAGGCGCUUGGGAUUCAUAUCAACACCAAUUGUCACUUUGAUAAUAUCCACAAUACCGAAGAUGGGAUUCUACAUUUCACCCAGGAUCCUGAUAAUCUUUCUGUUUUCUUGGGUUUCGUUGGUAUUCGCUAAAAUCACAACAUCGAUUCUUCUAACGGCUUAUUCCAUCAAGAAGAAAGAGAAUAUUUAUUCACUGGAUCCAGAACUAUAUAAAGUUGGGGCCUUGUAA